GGUAUUGUUUCGGCGAUGAGGGCGCUCGGCGUUGAGUGGACCUCCGCUAGCCUUCCCCACAGGAGCGCAGGUAGGAAGAGAUAGGAAUGACGGCAGCCUCACCUCGACAGGAUCUUAGUCAACCGGUGGGAAAUAUUAUAACUAAGCCUUGCCGGAGACAGCAUGCUGUACAACACAAAGCCAACAGCGAUUUUGAGGCCAGGUGUUGGCUACGUUGCAGGCUGAGGGCAAAUGACAGGGAGGCCACGUUGAACGUCCUUACGGCGGGCCCUGCCGAGUGACCGGUGGUUCUCUCCGAUCCAACCGCAGAGAUCUCGCCUGCACAAAAUCGCUCAAGAGGCGGUAUUGAGCGAAGGCUGCAGACUUCAAC